AUCCUCACUUAGAUUAAGGAGAUAUUAAGCAAAAACAAUUAAGAAAAAUAAAGAAAAGACCACAAAAGAAAAAAGAAGAAAUGUAGAGCCAAAAAGGGCCAUUUAUUUUUAAUUUAUUAUAUUGGUUUAGAAGCUAUAAAUAAAUGAAUUAAGGAGACUAUUUUGGUGUUUUGGUUUUGAAACUAGGAUGGAGAAGCAGACAAAAGUCCUGCACUACCAUCCUAAGUAGAGACAACAAUCCGACUUUGGAUCUUACUUCUCCCUUUGCUUUUGCCCCCAAAUAUAAAUAAUUCCCACAUCCAAAGGUAGACUUUUAUAUGGUUUUGUUUAGAAUAGAAAGUUUAUUUUGAAAGUUUAGCAAUAAGAGUAUUAUCAUUUUUCAAGUGAUAAAGAUUGGAUUUUUAUGCUCGGAAAGUUGAUAAAUCCCUUCCAAAUCUCAACUGAUUGGGUACGUCUGUUCUUAGGUUUUCCUCUAAAUCUUUUGUUGAUUUUUUAGGAAAGUCCCCUAUACUGUUGUUUCCCAAUUCUGGGGUUUUGAACUAAUCGAUUGUUUUUGACAAUGGAAUGAAUGUGUAUUGGAAUCUCCGAUUUUUCGCAGCUUGGUGUUGCUUCUUGGCUUCUUUGAUGAAGAACAUGAAUUUUUUGCUCUGAUUUGGGUUGCGAUGAUUGGGGAAGUCUUUCAUAGCUGGAAAACAUUAAAGGGAUAUCUUUGCUAAACUUUUUUCUUCCUGUUUUAAAGUUAUUUUGAGUGCGGAGUUUUUCAUCUGACUUGAGCUGUUGAUGUGUAUGAGGAAAGAAGUUUCUUUUUUGGGAUAUCUCUUCUGUGAAAUUUUUAGUAUCCAGUUAGCAAAGAGGGAAAAUAUUGUGUAUUUGGAGGGAUAGCUCUGCUAUUUUUUGUUCCCUUGUUAUUUUUUUCGUGUGCGUGGAGGAGUUUCCAUUUAGUUCAAAGGCUGAUGUAUAUUUACAACAAGUGUUUCUGUUGUGACAUUUAUCUUUUAAAAUUUAAGGUGAUUGCUGUACCAGUUAGAUGAAGAUAAAAAGGAUUGGUAUUUUCCAUCUUUGUUUGGUAUUCUUAUCUAUUUUCAUUGUUUGAUUGAUCUUUUCUCAGGAUGUGCUGAAAAUUUUACUCAUGGAAUACUGAGGUUGUUUUGUAGGAAAGUGAUGUUUUUUCCCCUCCUGUUGAAAUAUUAUAAUCUGUUGCAAUUUUUGGUAUGUGAAUGGUUGCUUGCAGCUUCAUUGAUAUUGGCUUGCUGUCAAAGUUAUCUGUCUGGAACUGUUGUUCACUUUGGUGGGAAUUGGAGAGAACAGUUGAUAGGUUAUGGGGCUUUCAGGAGUAUUAGCCUAUUUGAUAAAAGAUACUUCCACAAUUGUGGUCUUCUGGAGAAAAUAAAUUUGUAUUUGUAUAGUUUUUUGAAUUGUUCGCCUGCAUUUUGCCUGUUUUCCUUUCAAGAUAGGUUUUUAUUAUCUUCCCAUUGAAUAUAAGAACUUAGAAUGCCACCUCGAUCAUUCGAUUCACGUCAAAUCUAUGUUGUAUAUGAAGCGCAGGGUGGAGGUUUUAGCCUAACAUAUAGUAAAUAAAUCAGCAAAUUUUGCAGGGAAUAAAUGCUCAAUGAGAGAUCCUGGCAUAUUAUUGUGCCGUAUUCGUAAAUUUGAAGAGUUUCUUUAUCCAUAAAGGUUGAAUACUAAUCAUUGGUUCCAUAUUUGAUUUCCUGAGCGUGUAGGUAGGAUAACGUAUUUGAUACCAUUUAAAAAGAUAAAGGCCAGUAUUUUGCUCUACCAAGUCGAUAAGUUAGCAACUUAUUGUAUUUAGUUUUAUGGAAUGUUUUGGCUGCGUGUUUGAUCUUUUUUUCCUUUUCAUUGCAUUGAAUAUGAAUAACUUAGGAUUCUACUUCUAUCAUUUGAAUUUGCAUGCACAAUAGUUAAGUAUUGAAAAAGUUUGUUAGUUUUUGGAAUUAUUGAGCUGCAUCAUACUUUUUCCUUUCAAGGGUAGGUUGAUUGUCUUCUCAUUGAAUAUGAAGAACUUAGAAGGCUACAACUAUCAUUUGGUGGUUUGUGCAUAAGUAGUUGUACCAACAUGUAUAAAGGCUGAGUUCUUUGCCCAACUUAGCUGAUAAAUGAACAAAAUUUUUUCAUGGGGAAAUGCAGAAUCAGAUGCUGUUCUUGCUUAGCAGUUAAUGUGUCAUUGGAAAAGGAUGACAAACUAAUCAUUGGUUGUUAUUAUUUACAUAAAGGGUAGUAGGUACAGGAGAAUCUAUUAGAUACAGAUGGUAGUUCAGAAAUCCACCUAACCCUUUCCCACAUCAAAAAAAUUAUUUUGGUAUGUGAAAACAAAUGGUGGAAACCUUAGAAAAUUGUGUAAGGGACUAGUCAAGGUUCUUGCUCAUUGUCCCCCUUUGAAUUAUUUUACUAAUUCCGAUUUUCUAUUAUCCUGUUGUCCUUCUCAGUGAAAUGCAAGUCAUAAUUGACCAUCUAGAACCUAUGCUCUUUCAAUCAUAUUUCUUUUGGUCAUGGCCAAUUUGGUCUUCAAAUAGUUCUUUAUGCAGACAAAGAGGGGUUUUUCUGAGAAGAUAAUCACCAUCUUUUGUUGGUUUCAGAUACUUAGAGAUCAUAUUCUUUUUAAGAUAUGGCUCCGGGAGGUGGCGGAGUAUUCAAAGAAGGAGUUGACUUAUCAUACCCUAAUAAGUCUGUGAACUAUGACAUAUCAAUUAUCAAGACAGAUAAAAGUAGCAGCUCAACAAAAUCUAAUAAGAUUAGUCAUGACAAGCAUGGAAUGUCAUCUUCUUUGAAUGGCGUGCAUGAACUUCUUCAGUGUCCUAGUUGCAAAAAUUCAAUGUACCCUCCGAUUCAUCAGUGCCCGAAUGGCCAUACACUUUGUGUCAACUGCAAAAAUAGAGCACAUAAUACCUGUCCGACUUGCCACUUUGAUCUGGGAGAUAUAAGAUGCUUGGCUUUGGAAAAAGUUGCAGAAUCCUUGGAGCUCCCUUGCAGAUUUCAGAGUCUUGGUUGUCAUGAUAUAUUUCCAUACUACAGCAAGCUAAAGCAUGAACAAAGUUGUCGAUUCCGUCCAUACAAUUGCCCUUAUGCAGGAUCUGAGUGCACCCUCACUGGCGAUAUCCCAGCAUUGGUAACGCAUCUUAAGGAUGACCACAAGGUCGACAUGCAUGAUGGGUGUACUUUCAACCAUCGUUAUGUCAAAUCUAAUCCACACGAAGUAGAGAAUGCAACGUGGAUGUUAACGGUAAGUGCAUUAUCAUUAUUGCAGAUAGUUAAAGCACUAUUUUCUAGUUAGCAUAGGAUUAAUUGCUAUCGAGGAAUCAGGCUAAUCAUUGGCGGGUAGGAGUUAUAAAUGAUCUGUCUACUUAGACAUUUAAGAAUGUUAACUAUGCAGUAUGCAUUUUCUCAGAUCAAUUUAUUUUCCAUGGUUGAAAUUGGACUAGUGUAUGUAAUGCCUUGAAGAGGAAGUUCUAUGAUGACCUGGAAGUUCAAUUCUAAAAGCUUGCCAAACUAGACCUGUGGGGUUUGUGCAUGAUGUUUCCUUAUCGACUUGUUCUGUUUAGCAGUAGAUUGACGUUAUGGGAAUUUUACUAGAAAAACAACAUUACUUAUACUACAUAAUGGGAAUGAAAUAAUGUAGCUUCCUUUAACUAUCUGACUAAGAUUUUACAUAUCGUCUGGUGUUUUGAUGUAAGUACGAAAAGCAUGAUUACAUAUUCUCGAAUGAAUUUUUAAGUCCAUUAUGUUCCUUCCCUUUCGUAAACUCCCCUUCCCCCUCCCUGAACCCCAAAGUUCAGUUCAUUUUAUCAUGUAAUAAAAGUAUUAUAUGUUUGUAAAAGUCAAUCAGUUGCUUGUGUUGUCUCGCUGCAAUUUCAUCAUUUCACUGCUCUGGAUAGGUCUUUAACUGUUAUGGGAGACAGUUUUGCUUGCACUUCGAGGCGUUUCAGAUUGGAAUGGCUCCUGUCUACAUGGCCUUCCUACGGUUUAUGGGCGAGGACAGCGAGGCCAGAAAGUACAGCUACACUCUUGAAGUCGGUGGAUAUGGCCGGAAGCUAACGUGGCAAGGAGUUCCUAGGAGCAUCCGGGAUAGUCAUAAGAAGGUACGCGACAGUCAAGACGGGCUCGUGAUUCCGAGAGGGCUGGCGCUGUUCUUCUCUGGCGGGGAUGGUUCGGAGCUUAAGUUGAGGGUUACCGGACGAAUUUGGAGGGAAUUGUCGAUGUAGAUGAUUAGGCUGAUGAUGAAUGAUGAUUGUUGUACAGAAUCUGAUUUUGGCCAAUGAGGGUGAAACGGGGAGAAUGAAUGAAGAGUCAACAAAUUCUUAUUCUCGAGUUGAUUUUGAUCCCCCUUUUUUGUGAAAUUGGUCAUCUGUGUUUUGUUAAAAUUUGAAGGGAAAAAGGAUAGUGUAAGAUAUUAUAACGAUGGUGUAUUCUCCCGGGAAACUGGGAAAUCGAAAUCUAAUCGGAAAAAAAAAGAAGAUAACAUAAGAUGCAAUUUCUUAACAAAGAAUAUAUAUCUUUCUCUUGGGAUUAG